AUGAACGUGACUCAAGCACCUAUCUCUGUUCCCCCCACAUCUCGAGUGUUUCUGGGAGCACUUGAAAAAUAUAACACAAUAAUAGAAUCUAUUCGAAGACAAGGAGCAGUGGACGUCUUUUGUCAAAUACUGGAAAAUAUAUACGAAGAUGGGACAGCAACCAUCAUGUUCCGCACAGAAACCGAUGAAAUAUCAAUUAAAAAGGGUGUUAGACAGUGCUACACCAUCUCGCCAAAAUUAUUUACAGUUUGCCUUGAGGAAACAUUCAAGAAGCUAAAUUUGGACGGAAAUGGUUUCAAAAUAGGCGAAGAACACCUAACAAUCAAGAUUUACAGACGCCAUUGUCCUCUUUGA